UAUCGUUUAGUUGCAUAGUAGUAGUAGGCUAGUGUUAGUAGUAUCCAUGGAAACAUAUGUCUGGAAGCAGGAAUUGAAGAUAAAGGGCUAAUUUAACUGCUCAAUUUAAAACUUUUGAUUUAUUAUCGAGGAACGGACUCCUACACGAAGCUUUGUAGUGAAAUGUUUCCCCAGACCCUAGUCUCUUUAACCUUUGGUUGUAACGUUUCCGACGACUCCCAAACGCACCAUCACCCCCCUCCAGUUUAACAGGCUCAUUCAGAGGCGGUGUGGUUGCAGAGAGGUGCUCAUACGCACUUUAAACAGGAUGUAGCGACUGAAACAGACCACAGAAAGAGAGACAGAGACAGAGAACGAAAAGAGCGGGUUGAAACACUGCGAUGUGACAAACGCCAGCGAGACAGAAAUGACCGUCACAGCGGAGGAGAGGAAGAAGAAGAAGAAGGAGAAGAAGACAGGAGGAGUCCCGAUGAGGCACCUCACCGCCGGCAGGUCUUGACGGCUGCUCCCGCUGACCUGAGACACCCGACACCCGUUUUCACACAACGAAACAACGCCCCCCUCCAUCCACCCACCCUCCUCUCCCACACCCCACGCCAGCGACACAGCCGAGACACUCCACAGCCCCCGUGGGUGAAGCUUGAAAGCGACCAUGGCGAGCCUGGGGGACUGCUGCGUGAAGGUUGCGUUGAGGAUUCGUCCUCAGAUGGCCAAAGAGAAAAUCGAGGGCUGCCACGUGUGCACUCUGGUCACACCUGGGGAGCCGCAGGUCCUCCUGGGAAAGGACAAGGCCUUCACCUACGACUUCGUGUUUGAUAUCGACUCGGAGCAGCACAACGUCUACCAGUCCUGCGUGUACAAGCUCAUCGAGGGCUGCUUCGAGGGCUACAACGCCACCGUGUUCGCCUACGGUCAGACGGGCUCGGGGAAGACCUACACCAUGGGGACGGGUUUCGAUGUCAACCUGAGCCAGCAGGAGCAGGGAAUCAUCCCCCGGGCUGUCCACCAGCUGUUUGAGGGAAUCCAGAGCAGGAGGCUGCGCGCUCAGGAAACCGGCACCCAGCCGCCCGAGUUUAAAGUCAGCGCCCAGUUCCUGGAGUUGUACAAUGAGGAGAUCCUGGACUUGUUUGAUGGCACCAGAGAUCUGGACAGUCGCAGCAGGAAAUCCAACAUAAAGAUCCACGAGGACUCCAGCGGCAGCAUCUACACCACUGGAGUCACAUCCAGACUGGUGCACUCAGAAGAAGAGCUGCUGCAGUGUCUGAAGCUCGGCGCUCUGUCCCGCACCACGGCCAGCACCCAGAUGAACGCCCAAAGCUCCCGCUCCCAUGCCAUCUUCACCAUCCACCUCUGUCAAAUGAGAGUCUGUCCACAGCAUCAAAUGCAGAACGGAGGAGGAGGGGAGGACGGAGAGCUGAACGGCGUGGACUCCAGCCCCAUCGCUCAGCCAGAGUUCGAGACGCUGAUGGCCAAGUUUCACUUCGUGGACCUGGCCGGCUCCGAGAGGCUCAAACGCACAGGAGCCACAGGAGAAAGAGCCCGCGAGGGGAUUUCUAUUAACUGCGGACUGCUGGCCCUGGGGAAUGUGAUCAGCGCUUUAGGCGAUCAGGCCAAGAAGGGAGGCCACGUCCCGUACAGAGACUCCAAACUCACCCGGCUGCUGCAAGACUCACUGGGAGGCAACAGCCGCACGGUGAUGAUCGCCUGCGUCAGCCCGUCGGACCGGGACUUCAUGGAGACCCUGAACACCCUGAAGUACGCCAACCGCGCCCGAAACAUCAAGAACAAGGUGAUGGUGAACCAAGACAAGACCAGCCAGCAGAUCAGCGCCCUGCGCGCCGAGAUCGCCCGGCUCCAGAUGGAACUGAUGGAGUACAAGGCGGGGAAGCGCGUGGCGUGCGAGGACGGCUCCGAGGGCUACAGCGACCUGUGCCAGGAGAACGCCAUGAUGCAGAGGGAGAACGACACGCUGCGCCUCCGGGUGAAGGCCAUGCAGGAGACCAUCGACCACCUCAACGGCCGCGUCACGCACCUGCUGGCCAACGAGGUCAGCACUCUGCUCGCCAAGUCCAGUGAGGGCAACGAGGAGAUCGGGACUUUAAUCCAGAACUAUAUCCGAGAAGUUGAAGAACUUAGAACCAAACUCCUUGAGAGCGAGGCCAUGAAUGAGUCUCUGCGGCGGCAGGCGACCCGGCUCUCCUCCCGCUCGCCGUUCCCCGCCUCCAACCUGAGCCCCGCCCCCGGCCACCCGCCGGGCUCCUCUCCCGCGCCCAUGUCCAUGGAGGCAGAGAUGACGGACGUGCUCCGCCGGGCCAAGCUCGACAUCGAGAGGCUGAAGAAGAAAGAGAGGAGGCAGCGGAGGCUGAGCCCAGAGCUGGAGAAAGGUCUGAAGAAACGAGUGAAGCUUCACACCCACGAGAACGGGGAGAGCGGCCAAAACGGCCAGAACGGCGAGAUCGACUCGGACGACAACUACGCCGAGGACAUCAUGUCUCCGCUGCAGGAGGAGAGCGGCUGCGAGGACGACGAGGGGGAGGACGAGGAGGAGGGCAGGGAGGAGGAGGACGAGUUCGACAGCGACGAGAGCCUGGUGGAUUCGGACUCGGACUCGGAUGAAAAAGCCAAUUUCCAAGCCGACCUGGCAGACCUGACCUGCGAGAUCGAGAUCAAGCAGAAGCUGAUAGACGAGCUGGAGAACAGCCAGCGGAGGCUGCUGAUGCUGAAGCUGCAGUACGAGGAGAAGCUCAUCCUGCUUCAGAACAAGAUCAGAGACACACAGCUGGAGAGAGACCGCGUGCUGCAGAACCUCAUGUCUAUGGAGAACUACACGGAGGAGAAGGCCAACAGGAUCAAGCAGGAGUACGAGAAGCGCCUCAAGGAGAUGAACCGCGACCUGCUCAAGCUGCAGGCGGCGCAGAAGGAGCACGCGCGCCUCCUCAAGAACCAGGGCAGGUACGAACGGGAGCUGAAGAAACUGCAGGCCGAGGUCAACGACAUGAAGAAAGCCAAGGUGACGCUGAUGAAGCAGAUGAAGGAGGAGCAGCAGAGGAGGAGGAUGGUGGAGGCAAAGAGGAACCGUGAGAUCGCUCAGCUCAAGAAGGAGCAGCGACGACAGGAGUAUCAGAUACGAGCGCUGGAGUCUCAGAAGCGGCAGCAGGAGCUGGUGCUGCGCAGGAAGACCCAGGAGGUGACGGCCCUGCGGCGCCUGGCCAAGCCCAUGUCCGAUCGCGUGGCCGGACGCGUGGCCCGCUGGAACCAGGCCGCCCCCGUCACGGACUCGGGGGCCGAGCUGUCGGCGAGCACCACGGCGAGCAGCUCCGAGCCCGAGACGGCGAGGACCGUCAGCGGGUUGGUGCGGCAGUGGAACAAUAAGAACAGCGUGUACGGGUACCUGGGAGAGAGCGAGGGGAGCCUGGACGGCACGCGGGUCAUUGGCGGGAGGAAGAAGUUGCAGCGUAAGCCAGCGGGCCUGGGCAGCGUUGGAGCCGCAGGCCGAGCCAGCAGUUUCUCCAAGUCAGCCCGUCAGAAGUGGCAAACCCUGGAGCGCCGCAUCAUGGACAUCGUCAUGCAGAGGAUGACCAUCUUUAACGUGGAGGCUGACAUGAAUCGUCUCAUCAAGAAGCGAGAGGAGCUGACGGCCCAGCAGGAAGCGCUGUCGCAUAAGAGAGAGGUGCUGAUGGCGGACGGGGAGGGACCGGAGGCUGAGGACCGCCUCCUUCAGGAAAUUAACGAAGACAUCGAGGUGCUGAACGCCAAUAUAGACUACAUCAACGACAGCCUGUCUGACUGCCAGGCCACCAUCGUGCAGAUAGAGGAGACCAAGGAUGAGCUGGACUCGGUGGACACCUCAGUGGUGAUCAGUUCCUGCUCCCUGGCUGAAGCGCGCCACCUGCUGGACCACUUCCUGAAGGCUUCCAUAGACAAGAAUUUACAGGUGGCCCAGAAGGAGGCUCAGAUCCGACUGCUCGAGGGCCAGCUGAGGCAGACGGAUGUGAUCGGCUCGUCCCACAACCACAUCAUCCUUGACGCCCUGCGAGAAAAGGCCGAGUGCAUCCCUGAGCUCCAGGCUCUGAUCCACAAUGUGCAGCAGGAAAACGGUUACGCCAGCACAGAUGAGGAACCGUCUGAGUUCAGCCAAGCCUCUGACAGCAGCGUCUCUCAGAUGAAAGAAUCCAACAGCCAGGAUGAUUUCAGAAUUAAGACGGAGCCCCGUCUGUCGGCUCAGAUGAAGGCGGUGUCGGCCGAGUACCUCGGCCCCCUCCUGGACCCCUCGUCCGGCAGCAAGCCCCAGCACAUCACCAAGUCCCUGGCCUCGCUCACGGACAUCCAGGAGGACGGCCUGAGCCUCGUUCCAGGGAGCCUGGGGCUCAGCCUGGUCCUGCGAGACCCCUACCACCGAGACCGGGCGUCCCGCACCAUCAGCCUGCCCGUCAGAGGACACACCUUUCCCAGGCAGUCUAGAGGUUACGACACGUCCCCCAUCACACGAAGGAAAUCUUACGACCGCGCAUACAGGCCGACUGACGGCUACACUCCCCCGUCCUCCCCUCCCCUGAGGACGAGGAACGAUCGCAACGUCUUCUCACGGCUCACCAGCAACCAAGCCCAAGGUUCGGCCCUGGACAAGUCGGAUGACAGCGACUCCUCGCUCUCCGAGGUGCUCAGGGGUGUGAUCAAUCCCAUCGGGGGUGUGAAAGGGGGUCGGACGGCGCCCCUGCAGUGUGUGUCCGUGGCCGAGGGCCACUCCAAGCCGGUCCUGUGCGUGGACGCCACGGACGAGCUGCUCUUCACUGGAUCUAAAGAUCGGACCUGUAAGAUGUGGAACCUGGUAACGGGUCAGGAGAUCGCCACCCUCAAAGGGCACCCGAACAACGUGGUGUCGGUCAAAUACUGCGCGUCCUCCAGUCUGCUCUUCUCCGUCUCCACGUCCUACAUCAAGGUGUGGGACAUCCGCGACUCUGCCAAGUGCGUCCGCACGCUCACUUCAUCAGGGCAGGUGGUUUCGGGUGAUGCAUGUGCCGGCACCACCACCCGCACGAUAACCUUUGCUCAGGGCGAGUGUCAGAUCAACCAGAUCGCCCUCAACCCGUCAGGAUCGGUGCUCUACGCCGCGGCUGGAAACAUUGUGCGCAUGUGGGAUCUCAACAGGAUGCAAGCGAUGGGGAAGCUGACAGGUCACAUCGGCUCAGUCAUGUGUCUGACAGUGGGACAGUCUCUGCUGGGAAAAGACCAAGUAAUCACUGGCUCCAAAGACCAUUACGUCAAGGUGUUUGACGUGGCCGAGGGAACUCUAGGCAACAUAGGUCCGGCUCAUAACUUCGAGCCUCCGCACUACGACGGCAUCGAGUGUCUGGCCGUGCAGGGAGACGUGCUGUUCAGCGGCUCGAGAGACAACGGCAUCAAGAAGUGGGAGCUGGAGCAGCAGGAGCUCACCCAGCAAAUCCCCAACGCCCACAAGGACUGGGUGUGCGCUCUGGCCUACGUCCCGGGCCGGCCCAUGCUCCUGAGCGCCUGUCGGGGCGGCAUGCUGAAGGUGUGGAACGUGGACAACUUCACCCCCAUCGGGGAGGUCAGGGGUCACGAGAGCCCCAUCAACGCCAUAUGCACCAACUCGAGGCAGAUCUUCACCGCGUCCAGUGACUGCAGGGUGAAGCUGUGGAACUAUGUGCCAGGCUUGACCCCGUGUCUCCCUCGACGGGUCCUGGCCAUCAAGGGCCGAGCCACCAGCCUCCCAUGACUGCCCGUUCUCUGAUCACCAACCCUCCCCUCCUCUGUGACAAGACGGUGAAGAUCUGGCUGUCGAAGGCGUGGAGGAAGAGGUGAGAAACCGAAGCGUCCGUGGCUCUUUUGUCUGCCAUCUCGCCGAAGCUCCAGCCCCUGAUCUGCGACCCGGGCACUUCUAGCGCUGAGACGUGACACUGAAAUCACUGUUUCCAAGGCAAUCAUGUUGUUUUUUCGUAUUUUUUAUUUUUUUCCUCCCUUCCUCUGACACGAUGCUACACAACAAAGCCGUGGUGAAAUGUGUUUCCCAAGAAAUUAAUUUGCCUUUACGAUUUUUUUAUUUUUUAUUUUUUUUUUCUCUUUUAACUGCCAAAUUUGAAAGUGCCAUUCAGGAUGUGGUGCUACUUUAGAAAAAAAAAACACGGGAAAACACGGGGUUAAGUAAUUUUUUUCUCCUGACCUGACAACUGCCACAACUGGUAUUAAAUGGAAAAAAGUGUCCUUCUGUUCUCUGACCAAGGUUUCAGACAGUGAGUGAUGAAUCCGCUCGGAGACGCGUCUACUCACGUAUACUUUGCCGGAAAAUCAAGACGUGAUCGGAAUUCAAACCCCCAGACGGACGCUAACUAACCGGCUAACAGACCCUGUUCCUUCAUUCAGGAUUUGAUCCUGAACACAUGGGACAAUCAAACUGUGCGGCGGGUCAAACGGACUGACGCUGAUCUUGGGUUAAACGUCGCCCCCUCAGUUUGUUUUUCCCCCCAUUAAUCACUGACACUCCAGGUCGUGUAAUUUCUUCUUAAAUGACUAUUAAUUUAUUAUUUUGCCUACCUCAGUUGUUUUGGAGCAGUGGCACGUGGUGGGGAGGACCAUUUCUACGGGUCCCCGUGUAUAAACACCCGGUGCUUGACAUUCUGACGUCUUAAUUUGGCUCUUCUUCUUCGUCUUCGCGUGGACGCGUCCUCCGUGGCCGUCUGGCUGCUGACCUCGCAAGCAGGAGAGCACGCGUCCACGCGUCCUGGAGGACCUGCAUCGUCUCCACUGUAAAGCGCAAGCCGUUGCGGAAAAAAAAAUAAGAAACACCCCACAACCAGUGCGCUCUCCUCGUGGAUUUGUGAUAAAGGUACUGCAACGAGGCCAAAGUGCCAAAUCAUUAUAUACACACCAGUCUACAGUAGGUGGCCCAUACCUGUCAUUUAUCCCUCACAGAAGCGGCAAUAGUGUCCUCCUGCCUCCCAGCGGCAGCGCGUCGGACUGACCGCCCUUACUGGGGAGUCCGCCUCCUUCACAGCUACAAAACUUCUACAGGAAGCCAAUUUAAUUAGAGGUCUCGCAGCUCCAGCAGCUUCCUUUCACUCAAGAUAACUUGGGGGAAAGUAGGUCAUAACUGAGAGGGAUUCUUUUUUUAUUUUUUUUUUUUUUUUUAUUAAAGUCCCAAUUUUCUUCCACCCACGAAUUUGCUGCUACACUUACAGAGAGGAAUAAACCUUCUGUACUCUGUGCACUGAUGUACAAAUCUGUUUUAAGUGGCGGGGUUGUGCGUGUGGGCAACGCGUAACGCGUGCACAAACCGAGGUUUCCAGUGGAUGUUCCGGUUAUCCAUCACGCCCGAUAGGUCCUGGCAUCCCUCGCUGUGUUGAUUUAGUGCGUCUUUAAUGAAAAAAACGCGCGCACGUACGCGCACCGACAGGCAACAGCGAGUCUUAAAAAGUCGCCUUUUUUUUUUUUUGUGUGUGUGUGUGUGUUGCCUUUUUUUGUUUGUCUGAUGCUUCUGAAAGGUGAAAACAGCGUGGGCUCACAUCACUUUAAGGAGUGUUUCUGUCACCCUCCAAACUGAGAGGAAGCGUUUUAAAGCUUCUCGCCGCGCACACACAUCGUGUCUUACGGCUCAAUUAAAAAAAUACAUUGUUCAGGAUGCCAAUACCACAACAAAAAAGAAAAAAGAAAUACGUAUUUUGGUGAUUUUCUUUGUGCACUUUUCCUUACAGAGACACCCAGAGACAUACAAGUAUGUAGUUGAAUAUAUAGUGAUUGGAUCAUAAACAGCGUUCAUAUUGGCUAAAAGUAAUAAGUACUUUCAUCAUGUGUUCGAUAACGUGUGCUCUAAUAAGCGAGUACGUACUGCUGCUGUUUCAUGUGUCCAACAUGAGUUUGAAGCUGCUCACACUCUCCAAAAGCAAUUCUAGGAGUUUUGGUGUUA